AUGAAGGUUGUGGAGUGUUUAGACCAAAUCAAAGUUCAAGGCCUUUCCAAGCUCAAAUGCAGAAAUGAUUUUGCGGAACUAAAAAAAUUUGUCGAAGAUAGUCUUGGUAUUAAAGGCAAAUGGUCGUCACCCGGUGGCGGUACUAAAAGAUUCAAGGAAGAAAAUGGCCAACUUAUACUAAAUUGGUAUUUUAAGAAGCAAUGCACCUUGUUAUUUCAAGGUACGGAGGCAGACGGCUUAAAGAAUAAACUGAUAAAUCUACUUGCCAAAGAAAAGCCUCAAUCUUUCAUCGAGCAAGAAGGAAACAUAUCCGGUAAUGGCGGGUUUCCAGACGAAGCCGACAGCAUCCUCGCUGUUACUGUGGACAGUGAACAGCAACCAUUUACUAGUUUAUCAUCUACUAGCGAAAACCUAAACGUACCUACCGACAACUGUCCUUGUAGAUGUAAAUCAAUGGCAACCGAAAUUGAUGGGAUAAAACUGGACAUAGUCAUCCUACAAAGCCAAAUGUCGAGCGAAAGCACAAAGACUAAAUGUACGAACGAAGAAAUAAGCAAGCUACAAAUUGAAUUAAAAAACGAACAGCAUAAAAAUGCUAUAUUAAAAGAUCGAGCAACGAGAGCUGAGGAAGAACGAGAUUCGCUUCGUCUUGCGUUAAAACUUCUCAUCCAAGACCAAUCCGUUGACAAUAUUAAUCCUUCGACUAAGACUAAAGACCAAGGGCAAGGCAAUUGCUGGAAUACAGUACCGAAGACCAGAAAUAGAACAAUAAGCAGUAACAUCACAUCAAAUGUAAACGGCAAUGCAACUGGCGGAGUAGCUGAAUGUACAUGGUGCCAAAGCAACUUUCUGGUCUUAGAUGACCUAAAUGAAUCCUGCAGAAUUAUCGACGAGAUGCAGAUAAAAAACCGAAUUGGCAGCGAUGGAAGCAACGAGGGCAAAGAUAAACCGCCAGCAAGCAAGCGUCAGCAAGCAAGAGUACAAAACAACAAAAAGACUGUAAUAGUGGGAGACUCGAUUGUCAAAGGUUUGCAGCAACACAAACUUUCGAAAGCAGCAAAGCAGAACGUGGGUGUGAAAUGCUUCCCAGGAGCGACUGUUGGUGAUAUGAGCGAUUAUAUAAAACCCGUGCUACGUCGAAAGCCAGAUACCGUUAUGCUACAUGUGGGAACAAACAACGCCACUAACAAAAAAGCAAGCGAGAUAGUUAAUGACAUCGACAAAUUAUGCCAAGAGGUCAAAGAAAUUGAUCCCAACGUUGAAAUAAUAUUGUCUGAAUUGACCAACAGAGAGGUUAUACAUAACAACAAUAUCCUCAGUAAGUCGCUUAACAGAUACAAAUUGCAUCUGAAUAAGUUAGGAUCUUCUACUUUAGCUAAAAACUUUAUUAGUUAUUUACAUAAUUUUUAGCCUAGGUAAAGUUCCAACUCUUUACAGCAAAAUUUCCGACACCGAACCAAAAGAGCCAAGUUGCUCCAUUGAGAAGAUUAUUCCACAAACAAAGUGUGAAAAUAGCAUUACAUUUUUACAAUCUUUGAAAGGAUUUAGAGUUGGGCAUUUAAACAUCGCUUCGUUAGUCAAGCAUGUUGAUGAAUUAAAAAUAUACUUGGAAAAAGAACCACUGGAUGUUUUGAGCAUUAACGAAACUCGUUUGGAUGAAACAAUUAGUACAGAUACUGUUAGUAUACCCGGUUACGACAUGGUUGCCAAAAAUUGUAAUCGGCAAGGAGGCGGUGUUGCAAUUUACCAUCGCAGCAUUUUGAACGUAAUUGAUAGAGAUGAUUUAGUCCCAGAGGACGUCGAGGCUGUUUGCCUCGAAAUUAUUAAGCCUAAAUCUAAACCUGUCUUAGUUGCAUCUGCAUAUAGGCCACCGAAUUCGCAAAUUGAAUUCCUUGAUAAAAUUGAAGUAUUAUUUCAAAACCUUGACAACGAACAUAAAGAACUAAUUAUCGUUGGCGAUUUAAAUUGUCAUUUUUUAUCCAACAAUUUAAGCAAUCACACUAAACGUUUUAAUGAUAUAGUUAAUAUAUUCCAGCUGACACAGUAGAUUGACCAGCCUACACGAAUUACCGAAAAAACAGCUUCUCUUUUGGAUGUCGCUCUUGUAAACAAUCCUGAAAAGAUUUCGCACUCAGGAGUAUUGCAUGUUGGAAUAAGUGACCAUAGCUUGAUCUACGUUUGUAGAAAAAUUUCGUUUGUAAAAAAUGAUCCCAAAUUUGUUGAGUCAAGAAAUUUUAAAAACUACAUACAGCGAGACUUUAACCAAGACUUAUACCAUGCUUUAUCUAAUUUAAAUUGGGAGAUAAAUGAUCCAAAUAUGCUUUGGGACAACUUUCAAACAACAUUCAAUUAUGUUGCUGACAUUCAUGCUCCACUUCAAAGCCGUAAAGUUAGAAACAGAAAGGCACCGUGGCUGACUGAUGCAAUUAAGAAAAGUAUGAAUCGCCGAGAUUAUCUCAAGAAGAAAGCUAUUAACACAAACUCAACUGCAUGCCACAAUGCUUACAAAAGUCUUCGCAAUGAGAUUAACAAAAAAAUUAUGUAUGCAAAGCGAGAUUAUUACACAAACUGUGUUGACAGAAACAGAAAUAAUACAAAGCAAAUGUGGAAACAUAUUAAUCAGUUAGUUAAUAAAAAUUCUAGAUCAACAAAUAUAUCAGUACUACAUAUAGACGAACAGGUUAUUACUGAAAAUGAAACUAUAGCUGAUUUGUUCAAUGAAUAUUUUACUGAUAUAGGACCAAAUCUGUCGAACCAGAUCACGGAAACUAACUCUGAUUUUAAACGUUAUAUGAAAUUUAAAACUCAACAUAAGUUCAAUUUCGAAAACAUUAAUAUCAAUGAAGUGUUAAAUCCACUGGAGAAAUUAAUGACGUCUAAGUCAACUGGACAUGAUAAUAUCCCAGCCAAACUUUUGAAAGAUGCAAGUGAUGCGGUGGCGCCUUUUUUAGUAUUUAUUUUUAAUACUUCACUCAAACAUGGAAUUUUCCCUGAUGAUCUUAAGACUGCAAGAAUUUCUCCAAUUCAUAAAUCUGGUGACAAAAAAAAUCGAGGCAAUUAUAGACCGAUUUCCAUUCUUUCGAUUAUUGCUAAGUUAUUUGAGAAACUUGUCUGUACACAGCUCAAUUCCUUUUUAAAUGAAAAUAAUAUUCUGAGUUCGUGUCAGUCUGGUUUCCGUAAAAAUUAUUCCACCGCAUCAGCCCUUUUAGCAAAUACGGAUUCAUGGUUACUUAACAUGGAUGCUGGGAUGAUAAACGGAGUACUUUUUCUGGACUUAUGUAAAGCAUUUGAUACGGUUGAUCACGGAAUUCUCCUAAGUAAAUUAUCUAUCUAUGGAAUCCAAAAUAAGGCCUUAGAUUGGCUUAAAUCUUAUUUGCAAAGCAGAACGCAAUACUGCAGGGUGAACAGUGCAACAUCGUCCACCAGGAAAAUACGUUGUGGGGUUCCCCAGGGAUCGAACCGUGGUCGCCUUUUGUUUUUAUUAUACGUCAAUGACCUGCCAAAUUGCUUGGAUAAAUCCUGUCCGGCAAUGUAUGCAGAUGAUACAAAUCUUACAGUAUGUUCAGAUAGCAUUAAUAAUUUGGAGGAAGCACUAAAUUCUGAAAUGAAAAAUAUUCACCAGUGGCUUCUUUCAAACAAGCUAACUUUAAACAUUGAAAAAACAGAAUACAUGAUCAUUGGAACCCGUCAAAGAUUAGCUAAAAUUCAAAAAAAUACUAGCGUAUCAUGCGGGGGGAAACUAUUGAAACAGGUUUAUUCCAAAAAGACUUUAGGUGUACUGAUUGAUGACAAUCUAUGUUGGAAUGAGCAAAUCGACAACAUCAGUAAAAAGGUAUCGAAGGGCAUUGGUAUGCUGCGCCGUGCAAAGCCAUUUGUCUCUCUUGAAACUCUUAAAUAUAUUUAUCAGGCUUUAGUGCAACCGAGUUUUGAUUACUGCUCCAUGGUUUGGGGAAACUGUGGCGAAGGUUCAAAAGAAAAGCUACAGAGACUACAAAACCGUGCAGCUAGAGUAAUCACAGGUGAUACCUAUGAAAUUCGCUCCACGGAUAUUUUAAAGAAAUUAAAUUGGAGAACACUCGAAGAGAGAAGAAAGGAGCAAAAAUUAGCAUAUGUGGCCAAAGCCCUUUCAAACCAAUGUCCUGAAAACGUUUCAACUAUGUUUAAAAUCUCAAAUUCUGAUAAAUAUAAUUUAAGAAGUAAUAACAAGAUGCUGAUGUUGUCGAAGCCUAAAACAAAUUCAAUGAAAAGGACAUUCGGAUAUGCUGCUGCUAAAGACUGGAACUAUAAUAGUAAAAAUUUUAUAUCUACUUAAUUCAUUUGUAAUAUAUAUAUUUAACGUAUCACUUCGACCCAAACAUUUCUUAGUAUCUUUUAAUAUUUUUAUAAUAGUUUAUAUAAUAGUAUUUCGAGUUUUGUAUUUAAUAACACGGCCUAAUGAAAAACAACCUUUAUAAUUUUUGUAAAUACUGAUAGGUAAUAUGGUUGAUUAGUUACCGUGUAUAAAGAUGUUAUAAUAAUAAUAAUAAUAAUAAUAAUUGUGGCUCAUUAUCAGUACCGACGUCUGCAGAAAUACCAUGUCGGGAGAAUAUCGACUUGGUGUACGUGAUAACCGUUGAACUCUUUGUAUCUGGAAAGAUAGUCAACAAUAAGUAG